GCCAACACUAUCACGAGAACAUGGUGUAUUCUCUGCCUGAGAUUACAAGAAAAUUGGCACACAGAUUCUGCCUGUCAAAUUCUAUCAGCAUAGUCAAAUCAUACUUUUCAGGCCUCUCUUCUCUCUUUCUACCUCUGUCUCUCUCUCUCUGCCAUGUACAGAUAGUAUUUAAAGGGAAAACCCAAAGAAACACAGUAAAAGAAACAAGAUAGCAGAAAGAAACUAUUGGUGCAUUCUUUAUUUCUCAAACAGUCGGAAAAUGUUGAGAAAUGGUCAUGGAAUCUUAAAGAUUGAGUUGCCUCCAGAUUUGCUUUCUUUGACCUGAGUUUGUUUCACUCCAUUCUUGUAUAGACGCAUGUUCUCAAAGUACACAUCAAUUGUGAAGGUUGUAAGGAAAAAGUAAGAAAACUCCUCAAAAAAAUUGAAGGUGUGUACUCAGUGGACAUAGACACAGAACAACAGAUGGUGAAAGUGUCAGGCUGUGUAGAUUCUUCUAUCUUAAUCAAGAAAUUGAUCAAAUCUGGGAAGAAGGCAGAGGUCUGGUCUCCUGUUUCUAAAUACAAACUGAAUGAAGAACAAGCCAACAUCAACCCCAAGCAGUUUCUAGCUAAUGACUCCAAUGCCUCCAAGAACCACUACAUGUUUCCUAAAUCCUUUAUCAAUGAAAUUGAAGAUAAAGGGAGCUUUGAAAAAUUUCCUAGCCAGAAUAUCAAAAUGAAGGCUGUUGAUAAUCACGAUCCGGUGGUAGCAAAAAGAAUGGGAAAUAACUAUAUGUAUGAUGAUAUUUUUAUUGGUGAUAGCAGAUUGGAAGAUGAUAUGGCACCAUUGAUAGAUCAUGGUGAUUAUCAGGAAAAUGGCACUGGUUUUCUUAGAUUAGGAAGGCAAGAAUUUCAAGGGAUGCCAAGUUAUAACCAUAAUCAUCCACCAGUACCACCCCAGAUAAUGGCUAACAGGAAGCAGGGGCAUCACUACAGCUACCCAUCUAUGCAGAAUAAUUUUAUUCACAUGCAAGACGGGCAUGCGAACAAUAACAUGAUAAAAGAUUUUGACAUGCAUCAGUCUCAUGCGAUAAGUGAUGCAUUUUCAAUGUCUCCAAAUACUGGAUCUAACUUUCACGCAGUGCCUCACUCUUACUAUUAGUCUAUUAAUAAGAUACGCUUGAAGACGAGAGGGAGACACAGAGAGGUUAGAGCACUUUGAGGAAGCUAGAUUGUUAUAAAUGUUAGCCUAGAUAUUUAAUAUUAUCAUUGAUUUCUUUUAUGACAGUCAGUAAUUGUUCUUUCAACAUUUUGUUCCUUUUGUUACUGGCUGUGUUUUUGAUAUAUCAGAGUUUAAUUAAAAUUUUUCUUUA